CUACUAAAAAACAAGUUGCGGCUAUCUUAAUUCUUCAGAUAGCCUUGAUAACUAUAUGGAUUUGUAUCAAACCCAUAUAUCGUAUGUAGUGAUCUACCUUUCUGACAAUCUUCGCUCUAUGGUAUCGUACCUAAAUUAGCAGGAUUACAAUGUUAUUAAGACGCAUCAUCUAUAGUCGGGACGACGUUUGUGUUUUGGAAUAGAUAAACAGCACUUCGUCGUCUAAAAAGAUGUUAUCAUCUUAUCGAGUAGAUAAUAGGAAAGGAAUUACAAAUAUGGAUACAUGGGUUAAGGUGCUGCCAAGAGGCGCUAGCGGAGAUGUUUAUAACUUAGCAGACUGUAUAUUUCAGCAAGCUGUGAUAGGUUCGACUGUAAAUCCGAUGAUUCUUAAUUACUUAAGGCAUUCACUCAAUGCACAUUUAGUCUCACAUGCUGCUGUCCUAAGACGUAUUUCCAAAUAUGAACAUUUUUAUAGGACAUUUUGCGUUUGCUCACUAUUGGAUUUUCUGGAUGAGAUCAUCGAUGGAGUGACGUGUCGUAAUAAAGCGGAGGAAGCUGUACUUCCCAGCGCUAUCGUAGCUUUGGUUUAUUGGUUGGUACAGAUUUUCGCACAUGCUUUAAAGGAACAUAGCAUAAAACCAGAUGGAAAAUCAGAAAAUUCCUAUGUUAUUGAUGUUAGUAGUGUGGUAAUUGAAAAGUUGGCCAAAAAUCAAUUUCUGAUGGGAAUGUUAUACAUUGGCAGCAGGCAGGAAGAUUCGGAAUAUUACAUUAAAAUACGCGACAAAUAUAUUCAGAUAAAAUCUGCAUUUGCAAAUUCAAAUUAUUCUCCCCAAAAUGCUAUUACAGAAAAAUAUUUACAACAGUUGGCUUAUAUUGAUUUAAUUCAUUUGGAGAUGCCGCAUUUAGAGUCGGGCGUAGUAGAAUCAAUAACAUAUUGUGUACAGCCGUUGCUAGCAGUUGAAGUGUUACUAAAUCCUUGUAAUGAUACAUCUUAUUAUGUAGCCGAAUUGCAAAUGAUACAACGCCUUAAAGGACUAUCAAACAGACGAUUAUUUUAUGAAAUUAUACGUGCCGGAUUUAUUUCUUUAAGCAACGUUGGAGAAACCAGCCAUGACACUAUGUGGGGUUCAUUCACUUUCUUCAAAUUACCACAUAUUAUAAAGCAUUUGAGCGCUUUAACACGGUCACCAGGUGAGCAAACACCAUUGGAUUUUAUACCGGAAGUAGUCGAAGCUUUUGAAAUGUUGCUUGAAGAUAAUUUGUUGUUAGAUUUUAUGGACACAAAAUGUUCUUGCAACAUUAUUGAAUAUUUACUCAAUGACUGGACCAAACAACAUUUAGUGAAUGACAUGCAUGUGAGGCAUUUCUCAUCCCAAAGGGAAAUGAUGUUACAAAAACGGGAAUCAGUUAACAAACCUCCAUCAAUAAUAAAUUUUAUAAUACGUGCCGAAGUACCACUAUCGGGUAUACUGAAAACCUUAAGUACUGACUACAAUAAAGUACAAGAAGCAGUUUUAGGUGUACUUUGCCAGGUGUUAGUAGGAAACAGUUUUGAGCUAAUACUCUCCGUGGCAACAGUAGAAGGUCGUUUGAAAUUAUUCGUAUCACGGCUAAUACAAUGCAAUGAGAACUCCAAACAAGUACCUGGUGAAGUUGGGAAACCUUCGGUUAUACGUUCAACAUUAUUCGAUGUAACAUUUUUGAUGCUUACAUUUAUCGUGCAAACAUAUGGUUCCGAUGUGGUGCUCUCGGAAAAUGGUGAUUCAUUUUUUGAAAAGUGGGUACGUGAGUGCAUGGUGGAGCGCAACAAACCCAAAAAUCCUAAAAAUUUGGUUGCACUUGGCGAUGAUAGUAUCAUCGAGGAAUUAUUAUUGAACUUACGUCAAAAUGAAUCGCAGUACAAACCAAGCAAUUUAACUUGGCAAGAUAUAUGCAUGAAUCUGCCAGCUGCACUGCAUCAUGUGCUUGUGGCAUGGGAGAAAGAAUCAAUCUCAUCUUCAGAUGUAAAGAAUAUAUUGGAAAAUAUAAAGCGUUCAUUAUUUUCCUUCUCUGUUUGUGCUACAUCGUUUCUAUGCGCCUAUAUGUAUUCAGUUAGAGAAACUGAAUUUCUUAAACCGCUUAAUAUGAUACAACAAUUUCUGAAUCCUAACAAUGAGGAAAUUUCUUCACAAGAUACUGCGAAGGAACGUCUGGGUUUAUCUUUUCAGAUUAUAAGAAAAAUGCAACAUGAUGUACAUCCAUCAGGAAAUCUUAAAUCACGGAGCAUAUCAUUAACUCAUAGUUUAGUUUCACAAACGCCCUUGAUAGAUCAAUUUAGAGAGGUCUGGGCUAGUGUAACAGAAUGUGGUUGGUUGCCUGUGCGCGCUACACAAAUUUUAGAUUCGUUGUUGCAAGCUGGAGGACCCACUUGGAUUGCAACAAAACUUGUGGAGGAGGUUCUGAAGUGCAAAUAUACAACGGAUAUGAUGAAAACUAUGGACAUUGUAUUUGCCACCUUCCACCUCGAUAUUGAAUCUAUUACAGACGCUCUAUUUAAAAAUGUUAUACCAGCAAUGAUACUUACUCGUCAGGGUGACAGUAUAAAUGAGCCACAAUCCUUUGUUUUGGCACGUCUUUGUGUCUACUGCGUUAUUUCGACACUGGAGACACGUCAAAUAAACGCAAUUACACCGAAAAAACGUAGUCGUUCACAUGAUAGCGAGGAAACGGAUAUGGUAAACAACCCAAAAAUGCGUAAAAUUGCUACCGAAGGUUCUGAUAAUUCCUGUUCAAAUGAUUUUAUAAACGAUAAUCAUCUGCUUCUAAAUGCGAGUGCCAAUUUAAAAGAAAAUUUGACCACCCUUAAAGAGCCAUUAAAUUCUAGUGUACAACACAUAUUCAAAGUAUUCCAACAAUUCGUUAGCAGUGAAGAAAUUUCUCCAAAAACAUACUUUGUUUAUCAAUUCCUUUCGUUGUUGGUUGAAUGUGGAAGAGAACGUGUGCGUCCUGUAUUGAAAUUAAUACCAGCGAAUCUCAUACAGAAUUUAUUGAAGGUUAUGAAGACUGAUGAUUUAAGUGUUGGACUGAUUACAAGAUUGUAUGAUCUCCGCGUUAAUACCGGUAGACAAGCGGCUGUGUCUGAUUUAUGUUUAUGGCGUAAUUUAAAAGCACAAAAAUUAAACAGGCAAUAUGAGUAUUAAUUAAUUUUUGAAAUUAUGAUUUAUUAUAGAAAUUGCAAUGCUUUGCAUAUUCCAUAAACAAUAAAAUACAAAAUGUAAACACUGAGCAAAAUGUUUUUUUUCAUCUUAUUUUAAUCAAAGGGCUGCAGAUUACUGCAUCCCACCCUCUCUUCUAGUAGUGCCAUUCGAUUAUUAACACACAAUUUAAGUAAAAGCUAUUAUGAUAAAUAUUAUUUAAUUAAAUGAAAAUUAAAUAAUUUUGUAUUUGAUUCAAUUGUCUUAAUAUGUAUAUGUAUCAUAUUUAAAUUAAUUUCCAAGAUUCAACGACUUAAUUUCCAUCUCUUUACUCUUUAUACAUUAUUAUGAAUAAAUAUAAGUAUUGUAUUUCGGUAUGUCGGUAUUUCAGUAAUUCGGUUCAAUGCAAACAAAUUCAUUUUGCUGGCAUACAAAAAGAGAACGCAAAGUUAAAUGGUUGUGUGGCUACUAAAAUUUAUAUUGUUCAAAAUGUUAAUUAAAAUAUUAAAAUUUUAAAUAUGGGGAGAUGUUACAUUUUGGCGUUGUGUUUUUUUUUUAUGUUUAAUUAUUG